AUGAACCAGCAGAUCCAACCCACCAGCGAGAAGCCCCUGGCGUCGAUGGAGGCAACUGGUAAACAGCCUUCCGAUAUCGUCCAGACAGGUCGCUUCAGCUUCUUUUCUUCUGAUACCCAGCAAGCCCUGGUAUCGUCGACAUGGGACGGCCUCUUCCCAGCCGGAAACCUGGACCAUAUCUUCCAGGAGAACCAAAAGGCACGGCCUGAUCCCUCCCGCCCAGUCUGGUGGUUUGAUAUCCUUGAUGCCACAGAGGAGGACGUCAGCACCGUUGCACAGGCACUAUCCGUCCACCCGCUCACAGCAGAAGACAUCGCCAUCCGCGAACCGCGCGAGAAAGUUGAGGUGUUUCGUAACUACUAUCUGAUCUCGUUCCAAACUCUCAUCCCACAAUCUCGCACCUCUGAAGGAGAUCGGCCUGGCAUACCAGCUACAGCUGAAUUCUACAUCCUCGUGUUCCAGUAUGGCGUCGUGACAUUUUCCGCCAGCGGCUGCAAUCAUGUCCAUCGAGUGCGCGACCGUAUCCAGAAGAUGCAUGACCCGUCCAUCUUGUCCAGUGACUGGAUCUGCUACGCUCUCAUUGAUGAGAUCGUCGACAGCUUCGAGCCCCUCGCCCGCGCAGCUGAAGCUGAAUGCGGUGCCAUAGAAGACCAAGUCUUCAUUGCGCGCAUCGACGACGUCAAAGCCCUCAUCCCCCAAGUCGAUGGUCUCCGCAAGAAAAUCACGCACAUCACCCGCUGUCUGCAUGGCAAAGUCGACGUACUCAACGGCUUUGUCAAGCGCUGCCAAGUCCCCGACAAGCACCCUGUCUUCCCGGAUGGCGAUCUGCUGCUUUACCUGGGUGACGUACAGGAUCACCUUGUUACGACGCUGUCGUCGCUGGCGCACAUCGAUGAAAUUAUUGGCCGCUCGCAGGCGAACUGUCUGGCACAACUGAGCGCCACCAAUCUACGUGUUAGCCUGACGAUUAAUUCUGCAAUGAGCAAGGUCACCAUGCUGGCGACUAUCUUCGUCCCUUGUCAUCUGGUCACGGGCAUGUUCGGCAUGAAUGUCUAUGUGCCGGGGCAAGAUACGCCAGGGUUGUCAUGGUUCUUUGGCAUUGUCGGGGGGUUUGUGGCGUUUAUGGUCAUUUGUAUGGCAAUCGCAGCCAAGUAUAAGUUGCUGUAG